GUUGUUUACCUGCUAACUGUCUAGAGACUUUUUAGACUAAAAUUUGUUAAGCUACAUCAAGACACUUUAGGUCAAGUGACGCGGAAUCGUCCUUGCGCUAAAUCAAACGUGCUAAUUGUAUGUCAGGAGAUACGAUCAACAUGCCUCAAUCGGAACAUUUAGUUCCCUACACUGAAGUCCUUAUGGAGAUAUUUCUAUUCCUGUGUAAAUUAAUUUGGUGCUGUAUUUGUGAACUGACCAGGCGGAUCUCACAGAUGAUCAGUCCAGUAUAUAAAGAUCUCUCAUCCGAUGUUGUCUUAAUCACCGGAGCAGAUAGUGGUAUCGGGAGGUUAAUGUGUUCAGAAUUUGCCAAGUAUUGUUCAACUAUCAUAGCUGUAGGAUUAAACGAGUCAUCCUUGAAAGAAACAUCAGACAUUGUCCAUCAAGAGACUGGUAUUCACAUUAAAACUUAUGUAUGCGAUUUCAGACAUAAAAAGCAGAUUGAUGCAUUGACCGAAAAUGUGUUGAAAGAAUUUGGCAAAGUAACUGUACUUGUCAAUAAUGCUGGUGUAGUCAAUGGAAAUACGGUGAUUGAAUCCACACCAGAUGCUAUUGAAGAUUGUUUCAAAGUGAAUGUUUUGUCACAUUUUUAUCUGAUUAAAGCAUUUCUGCCAACAAUGCUUAACAAAUGUCAUGUGACGAAUUCAACUGGUGGUCAUUCUGAUUUGCCUGUUAAUAAAUAUCGUCAUCCAAGAGGUCAUAUUGUUUGUAUCUCAUCAAUAGCUGGUUAUAUCCCCUUAGCUGGUGGUGCAGAUUAUUGUGCAUCGAAAGCAGCCUCCAAUCUACUCUCAGAAUCAGUUGAAUUGGAAUUGGCGAAUUUAGGCAUUGUUGAUGAAAUCUGUAUCACACGUAUACUACCCUUCCUAAUCAAUACAAAUAUGUUUAAGGGAGUUACACCGAAGCAUCCUUGGCUAUUCCCCACUGUUGAUGCCAGUCAUUGUGCACGUCGUAUUGUCGAAUCUGUUCGUUUGAAUGAACGUGUUGUUUAUAUAACAGCGCGAUAUCGUAUACUACCUGUGUUAAAGCUACUUCUUCCAACUAAAGUGAUUCAUUGUUUAUACGAAUUUAGUAAUACUGGAGAAUAUAUCAACCAGUUGAAAGCUCAUAGAAAGAAGACUGAUGAGCCCAACUCCCAGUGAAACUAUUAAAUAACACGUACAGUGCAACGCUGACUGAUUAAUUAAAUAAUUCAUUCAUUUAUUCAUUAAAUUGAUAACAGGCGUCAUAUCAUCUAAUUAAUUAAUCUUUUUCAAAAAAAGUGCCUUAUCUUCAGGUUUAAAAAUAGCCGCGAAAAAUGAAUGAACGCUAUAGAUUAUUUAAACAAAACUACACUUUUUGUGUUUCAUGAAUUUGAAUUAUACAUUUUUUUUAUUCAAAUAACAUUGUGCUGUGAAUAAUAGUAACACUAAUUAUUAUUUUUUUUCACUAAUUGCACAUAUUUGUACAUUGAGUAGUUAUUACUAUUCUUAAUUAUUGAAACGAAAGAUUUUGAACUAUGUUCAAUGUUCAUUAACAGAAAAUCACAUCAUUUAAUUUACUGACAUAAAUACUCCUAUGCUAACUUCCUUUGCUUCUUUGUUGUUGUCGUUGUUUUACUAUAUUGAUAUAUAUUGUGCAAAAAUUUCAAUUAUACUGACCAUUAUAUACCAAU